AUGGGCGUGGACUCCCCCGGCAGCCCCGCCCCUGCGACCCCCCAGGCCGGGGACCCCCAGCGCCGGGACCCCGAGGAGGAGCACGGGGGGCCCAGAGGCCGGGGGCCCCGAUGGGGAGGGGGCGCAGGGGCUCCCCCUGAGCGGCACCAGCCCCAAGGGCUCCCAGGCCACGCCACGAAGACCCUCCCGGGCUCCCCGGGCCGGGGUGGGGAGCCCCCAGGACCCCCCUGGCCCCCGAGCCGGGCCAAGAUGUCCCUGACGGGGGUGGGCAAAUCCCUGCCGGGGCAGAGCUUGGCCCUGCGGCUCCUCACCCUCCCGGGGGCCGCCCUGAGCCCCCGGCGCCCCCAGAGCCCCCGGCCCCCAGAGCCCCCAAGACCCCCCAAACGCCCCAAACUGGAUUACAGCCCCGAGGGGCUCCACAAGCGGCUGCAGAGACAGCCCCGCGCCAGCACCGAGAUCACGGUGACGGAGGAAAUGGCGGCCCCCCCACCCCGGGGGUCCCGGCCCAGCGAUGACUGGGACAGCGAGGGGGGAGGGGGCUUCUCCCUCUUCUACGACGGGUUCAGCGUCGACGGGCACGGCGACUCCGACAGCAAGGUGGCACUGGGGGCACUGGGGGGCGUGGUCGGGGAGGUCCUCAGUGAGGAGGAGGAGGAAGAGGAAGAGGAGGAAGAAGAAGAAGAUGAGGAGGAGGAGGAAGAGGAGGACGAGGAGGAAGAGGAGGAGGACGAAGAGUCGGGAAACGCCUCGGACAGGAGCGCGUCGAGCGCCCGGCGCAGGGCCCGGCGCCGCUGGAAGGACAGCCCGUGGCUCAAACCCGCCCGCAAGCGCAAGAGGAAAGACCCCCGGGGCAAGGACAGAGUGCCCGGGGCCGCCCCCGUGGGCCCCCCCAGCGAAUACACCGAAGUGCCCCUGGGGUGUCUCCAGAUCCCAGGGGGAGGGGCCUUGUCCCCCCAACCCACAGGCCCCCGAGGCCGAGCGCUCGAGGAGCUGCCGCUCUGCUCGUGCCGCAUGGAGGCCCCCAAGGUGGAGCGGGGCGGGGACGGCCGGGGGCUCUGCAUGGCCACCGAGAGCGUGGAUGGCCAGCUGAGUGGCUGUGGCAGUGCCAUCCUGAAGCGGGAGACGAUGCGGCCGUCGAGCCGCGUGCCCCUCAUGGUGCUGUGCGAGAGCCACCGCGCCCGCAUGGUCAAGCACCACUGCUGCCCCGGCUGCGGCUACUUCUGCACCGCCGGGACGUUCCUGGAGUGCCACCCCGACGUGCGCAUCGGGCACCGCUUCCACCGGGGCUGCGUGUCCCGCCUGGGGGGUCUCAUCUUCUGCCCCCACUGCGGCGAGGACGCGUCCGAGGCUCAGGAGGUGACCCUGCCCCGCUCCGAGGGACCCCGGCCCCGCCCUGCCCCCGAGCACCGGCCCGCAGGAGGCCGGCCGACGCCCCACCCCAG